AUUCUUUAUCUGUUCUCUUCAUUUGUCCAUCGAUUAUACAUACAUAGAUGCUUGGGCGGUGAUACAGUUGUGUAGAAGGGACGUCCAACCCUCUCUUUUCCUUCCCUCUUACCCUGCUGUCUCACCCACCUCAUCACUCUCUCCAACGCCACGAUAUCUCUGAGGCUAUCUUCAAACCAUUCCUAGUCUCUGCAUGCCAUUCUUGAACACUCACGACAUCUUUGACCCAAUCCAAUAUGGAGAGUCAAGAUAACAUAUCGAGCGCAAAAUCAUGGCUGCCCGGCUUCCUCAGGAAAUCCAACAAACCCUCAGAUGAGCCGGACGAGCAGUCAGCUUUGCUACCUAAGCCCGACGAUGAGGCUGAAGAUGGCGAGACUUAUGAGCUGGAGGACGAGGACAAGACUAAAGCUCAAUUGAUCUUGGCUGAGUUUUGGAUACUCCUAAAGGGAUCUGUCCCCGUGAUCCUGGCCUAUACUCUCCAGAAUUCGCUCCAAACCAUCUCAGUAUUGAUUGUUGGAAGACUGUCUCCGGAAGCACUAGCGACAGCAGCGUUUUCCUACAUGUUUGCGAUGGCGACCGCCUGGUUGAUCGCCCUAGGAGGAACGACUGCGAUAGAUACCUUGGCCUCCGCGAGCUUCACCGGGAGCAAAAAUCCCCACGAUCUUGGCAUCAUUCUACAGCGGUCUUUCAUCAUUCUGACACUUUUCUAUGUGCCAAUUGCCAUUCUUUGGAUAUGCUCAGAGCCAGUUUUUAAAGCACUAGGCCAGGAGGACUACAUAGCUCGAGAUUCGGCCAAGUUCUUGAGCGUUCUGGUGCCAGGCGGCAUUGGGUACAUCUACUUUGAAGCCACAAAGAAAUACCUUCAAGCUCAAGAAAUUAUGAGGCCAGGAACAUAUGUGCUACUCAUUACAUCGCCUCUAAGCGCCGGCUUAAACUACCUCUUUGUCUACACCUUUAAGAUGGGCCUUCUCGGCGCACCCCUUGCAACCGGAAUUUCUUACUGGGUAUCGUUCCUCCUGCUCCUCGCCUACGCACGCUUCGUUGACGGCUGGAAAUGCUGGGGCGGCUGGAGCCGCAAGUGCGUCCAGAACAUGGGCACGUUUUCGCGUCUCGCUAUCCUAGGCGUAAUUCACGUGGGUACAGAGUGGUGGGCAUUCGAGAUCGUUGCGCUCGCUGCCGGCAAACUCGGGACCAUUCCUCUGGCUGCUCAGAGUGUCAUCAUGACGACGGACCAGGUCAUGAACACGAUUCCGUUCGGCGUUGGUGUUGCAACCAGUGCUCGCGUGGGGAAUUUGCUCGGAGCUCGCAACGCGAAGGGGGCGGCCCGGUCAGCUAACACCGCGGCAUGGCUUAGCAUGAUUCUCGGUGCGGUUGUUCUGGCGGUCUUGAUGGGUGUCAAGGACUUCUAUGCCAGAAUCUUCAACGACGAUAUCCGUGUGAUCCGCCUCACGGCUGAAGUCAUGCCUUAUGUGGCGCUGUUCCAGAUCGCAGACGGCCUGAAUGGGAGCUGUGGUGGAUCGUUACGAGGCAUGGGCAGACAGCAUAUUGGCGCCGCUGUCAACAUCGUCAGCUACUACUGCGGUGCGCUGCCUUUAGGUAUCUAUCUCGCGUUUCACGGGUGGGGGUUAGCCGGUCUAUGGGUCGGGCAGUGCAUCGCGCUGUACAUUGUGGGCUUCAUGGAAUGGGCAAUCGUUGCUUGGAGCAACUGGGAAUAUCAAGUGAAGAACGCUUUUGCCAGGAUGGACGGCGAUGAGCGGGCUGAAAUUGGAGCAGCGGAGCCCAUAGAGCCAAACGGCGUGUAAUGAGUGCUCAGGGCUAUGAAUCUCAUGACUGACGAUGUCGACGAGAUAGAACUAUAAAAGCGGCUUAACAUUCAAUGCAUUAUGCCUUAGCUACACAUAAUCUGACUUGAAUUGCUCAUAGAACAU